AUGGCAGAUGUUAAACUACUAGGAUUUUGGUCUAGCCCUUUUGUUCAUAGAGUGAUAUGGGUUCUAAAGUUCAAGAGCAUUAGCUAUGAGUACAUAGAAGUAGACAAGAAGAACAAAAGUCAACUACUUCUACAAUCCAAUCCAGUUUACAAGAAAGUCCCUGUUCUUAUUCAUGGAGGCAAAGCCAUUGCAGAGUCUGGUGUGAUUCUUGAGUACAUUGAAGAAACUUGGCCGGAAAACCCAUUGCUUCCAAAAGAUAACCAUGAGAGAGCCUUAGCUCGAUUUUGGAUUAAGUUUGGAGAGGAUUCGAUCGUUUCUAUUACUGAACUGUUUCUCCGACCCUCUAAAGAUGAACAAGAAAGAGCAAGAGCAAUGAAAAAAGCACAAGAAACUCUCACAAUCAUGGAAGAGGAAGGUUUAGGGAACAAGAAGUUCUUUGGAGGCAACAAUAUUGGAUUGGUGGACAUAGUAUAUGGAUGCCUGGGUCAUUGGUUAGAAGGGUUGGAGGAAAUUGUGGGGAUGAAACUGAUUGAGGCAAGCAAAUUUCCUCGGUUGCAUGCGUGGAUUCAAAAUUUCAAACAAGUUCCUGUGAUUAAAGAAAACCUUCCUGAUUAUGGGAAAUUGUUGCUCCAUCUUGAAAGGCGCAGGCAGGAAUAUAUUAUAUAGUAUCAGAAUAAAUAAGUCACAGAAAUCGAUAUGGAUCUAUGAGAUCAAGUAUAGAAUUCUGUUUACUCACUUGAAAUUGAGUAUCCGCCCCCCCUUCCUGUUAGGAUUGGAAAUCCUGUAUUUUACAUAUUCAUACGAUUGAGUCCUUGGUUUUUGAAAUAGUGUAAAGUGCAAGUCACCGAGUGAUCAAGGAGAAUGAAGUUAGAAAGUCAAGUUUUUAGGUUAAAACAAAGAGAAGAUAUUGUAACA